AUGAACACCGAGACCUGCGUUUCAUACUGCGACAUGACAUCCAUGGAUUCAUAUUAUAGCGCCUCUGCAGCAGCGCCAGGCAGGGAUCACCAGGCGGACCACUUUAGGACAUUCCCGGCCACUGACACCAAAUACAGCCCCACCGCCUUCCUGCCCAACAAAGGUCAGGCGUACGGAGAGAGGUCCCGGAGCCCCUUCCAGCAGGAGUGCCAGUCAUUGGAUGCCGCCGCAGCUGGGCAAGGCACUUUCGGUAAAUACCACCUGUUUAUGCAGAGGUCGUCUUGCAAAACGUCCUCCGAGGAAGGCAAGCUGCACCCGGAGAGGGGACACAACGGAGGGCUCAUCCCCUGCUACGGUGAUCUCUCACAGUUGCCAGCGAAGUGGAGGAAGAGGGAACGUUUCGGUCAGAUGCAGCAGGUCCGAACACACUUCUCCACAGCUUAUGAACUGCCGCUUCUGACGCGUCCGGAGAACUACGCACAGAUCCAGAACCCGUCUUGGAUCGGCGGCGGCAGUGCAGCGUCUCCUCUGCCGGGCUGCGUGGUGCCCUGCGACACCGUGACCUCCUGCAUGACCCCUCACCCCCACUCUGCCAGCGGGAUGUCUGACUUCCUGGGCGUGCCGAGCCCCGGAGGUCACGUGGGCCAGGCUCACAUGGGCAGCCUGUUCGGGGGGUCUCCCGGCAUGGGCGGGGGCAUCAACGCGUACGAUCUCAACAUGGACCCGGACCGCAAGUCCUCCAGUAUCGCCGCCUUGCGCAUGAAGGCCAAGGAGCACAGUGCGGCCAUCUCCUGGGCCACAUGA